AGGGCGGUGACGUACCCGCUCUGGUACGCCGGCUCUUACACACACUGCUUGUCGGCCGUAAGCGUUACAAUACCUAUUUCAAGGUGUAGUCGCGGUUAAAUCUUAGUAUCAGUGAACAUGGUCCCUUCAAGUGGUAUGGGUAAUACAUUGCUGCGGUUAAGAACAAACAUUGACGUCAGGAACAUUCAGAAAUAGAACGACCCACUGAACGUUUUUACGUUGUAACGUCUUAGUGUAGGAGUACACUUCUAUUAGUUAUCAUGUAGCCCAGGCUGUGCAAUUUGAUCGUUGAUUCUUAUUCAAUUACGUCAUGUAUAAUUUAUAAAAUGGCAAUAUCCCGGAAAAAUGUGUUUUUAGAAACAAAUGACAAAAUAGACGAUAUCGAUGCCUGUACAUCUGAAAUUAGAGACUUCAGGUUCAGAAAUCAGAGCCUCCAUCGGCCGUAUUCGUUACAUUAUUAUUCAUGACUUAAUGUCAGGAACUUGUUCACUGUGCCUGACGUACAGUGAACUACUGGUACGUUAAAUGCAGCCGGUUGGGUACUUUCUUCUGACAGAGACCGAAAAAAACUGGAAUUCCUGAGGUUUCUACUUCACAGACUCUUUUGAAGUACGUCAUUAAGCUGCAAAGUCCGAGCGAAGACGCUUGGAUUUCAUUACUGAAGAAAUAAAGUGCAUAUUAAGUAGCAUUUCAGCCAAACUAUUUCAGAAGACCAUUAUUUUAGACUUACUUCGCCCUCUGUAUUUGAAAGGAGUGAAACGAAUCUGCAGUUUUUCACCUGUUGCAGAGGUUAAAUUCACCGCUCUGGCAGAACUAAGACAGAGGGCACUGCUAACCUGACGAAAGACAGCCGGAAAGCGUGUUUCUCGCAGCUCUUUGAGCGCCAGUCACUGUAGUCUGGGCGGUUCCAUUCCGCCUCUAGCUGCAGCCUCUGCAAAGCUCAAGAGCUCACAAAAGUAACAAAAACACAAACAUGGCGCCCGCUUGCACAGACAGCAACAGCUAAGACUAGCGCAAACAAGUUGGAAACAAAGUUUCCAUUCGUCCCCGGAGGUUGUACUUUUUAAAUGGUUCCAGCGGAGGUUUUCUGAUCUUACUACAAGGACGGAAUAUCUCUCGGGCGUUGAAAAGCUUUAAGCUGCCUUCAUGUCAAAAUUCUUUCUACAGGGGUAAAAAACAGCUGGCACGUCCAGCCAUGCUAGAAGACAAAGGUCACCGAGUGACUGACUACUUCGUGGUGGCCGGGCUGACUGAGAAGUCCACCCCUCUGGAACAAGAUCUCUCGGAGACGAAGUCCAGUGGGCCCAAGGCACCCAUCACUGACCUCGCAGUCAUCAUCAAGUCAGCCGGGGAAACUGUGCCCGAGGGCUUCACCUGCAUUGAGACCACCUACACGGGGCAGCCUGCCAACCUCAACCAUGGCAGCAUCAAGAGCCCCGAGCUCUUCCUGUGCUACAAGAGGGGACGAGAGAAACCCCCGCUCAUUGACAUCGGGUGAGGGCUCCGAACAAACACAGGCUGCACACCACACCCUGAUCCACAACAGCCUCUAGUGAUGGACUGUGUGCGUGGCCAUCUUUUCUCCAAAACAGCUUCUGCAUUAAAAAUCAUUGUAUUGCUUGUAAAUCUUAUUUAAACCUCUAGGCAUUAAAACCUCAAGU